AUGAACAAUGAAGUGGAUAAGCAUGAUAAUUCUAUUGAAGAGUCAAGUAAUGAGGAAGCAAAGAAAGAAGAAAGUUUACUGGAAUUUGCUUCUAACAACGAUAUUGAAGGAUUUAAGUUGCUUUUAGAUAAAGAAGGGGCUUCUUCAAUCAAUGAGGUAGGGAUUUGGUAUGGUCGGCAACAUGGGUCUAAGAGGAUUGUUAUGGAUUAUAAAACUCCUUUGAUGGUUGUUGCUGCUUAUGGUAGUAUUGAUGUUAUGAAGCUUAUACUCUCGUAUCCGGAAGCCGAUGUGAAUUUUGCUUAUGGAGUGAAUAAAAGCACUGCCCUUCACUGUGCUGCUUCUGGUGGGUCUGUUAAUAUUGUUGAUGCUGUUAGGCUUCUUAUAACGGCGGGUGCCCAUGUUAGUUCUGUUGAUGCCGAUGGUAAUCUUCCUUUUGAUGUCAUUGUUGUUACUCCCAAGCUGCAAAGAAUUAAAGCAGUUCUCGAGGAACUUCUUUUGGAUAAUGGUUCUGAUAACGGAUCUGUUGAUGUCGUGCCUAGUGAUGUUCCUAGCAGUAUGGAACCAUUGGCUGUGGAAAAGCGCACAGGAAUCAAUAAUUCUCCUCACUUUCCUAUAACAAAACUGCUAAUGAAUCUUGAUCGUUCAAACACGCAUGUGCAUCCUAAGCCAUCCAAUGUUAAGAAACCGAAUUCCAGGAAUCAUACUGAAAAACAUAAUAUGACAGGUUUGACACCUCCUGAAUCAGGUUCUUGUAAGAAAGUGGCCUCGAUGAGUUUGGCUGAGAAUCAAUUGACUGGUGCAUUGCCACCAGAAUUUGGAAAUCUUAUCAGUCUUCAAGUCUUGAUGAACAAGCUUAAUGGUACUAUUCCGAUUCAAAUUUCACAAUUGCAAAAAGUUGUCUACAUUGAAUUUGAGCCAGAAUUCUCUGGAUGGACCGAUUCCGUCUGA